UUUACAUAAAAGGUUUAAAAUAUACCGUGCUUUAAGUUUAUCUAAUUUUUUUCUUAUAUUUAGAAAAAAGUGAAAACAAAAAUAAUUUUUUCUUGUUAAGUGUUUUUUUAAAAAACAACAACAAAAAACAUGAAUUUUAAUUAAAUAUAUACAACUUGUACUUUCACUCAGGUGAAAUGACGUGAAAAUAAGUUACAUAGUUUAACGUGAACGUAUUCAAAAUUAAUUACCGUGUGGAUUAAAUGAUUCGAUGAAUUAUUUUGGUGGAGUGGAGAAAAAAAAAUUAUUGAAAAAUUUUCAUGAUAACCGAAUUAUUUUGUUAUUCAUGUAUUGGAUUAUAUAAAAAGGAUUAAUUAUAAAUAAGUAAACAAAGGAUUAUUCAAAUUAGACAAAAUAUGCUGGAUUAACAUUUCUUCCAAACGGUAAAUCUAGCAAGCAACAAGGCUCUGUUCCUGUUCUCUGAAAAUUAUGCGGAUUAGAUCUGGAAUUAGAGAAGAGAAGAUAUAUAAUAUACUGGAGGAGGAAGCUAUGUUCGAGAUUAGGACGUAAUAGAAGAAUGCUUGAGAAAUCACUUUAUUUUCCUGCUUUAUCACAAAAUUGUGAAUGUUUACAAAAUCAAAAAAAACUUUUAGUUUGUGGAUUUUUUAUUCAAUGAGUGACAAUCUAAAUACGGAAGCAAUUUCUGGAAUUAUAACUACUGAUAUAAGGUUUAACAAGGCAAAUCACUUGAAAUGACACUGCUCUAUAUCAGAAAUUCAUACAGAAACCUUCCAGUGUUUCUUGACAAAUUGUGUUUAAGUGGACAUCUUUGACAAUAGAUCGAUGCAUUGUCACCGUGUGGAUUUAAAUUUGUGACACUCGUUCCCGACCCACUGUAAGAGCAUUAGACCGUGCCAAUCAAUGUGGUAGGCGGAGCUUAACACGGGAACGAGGCUGAGGGUUAAAGCCAAUAUCAGAAUACUGUACCGGUGCCAAGUGUACGGUAAACAGACAAAAUGAAGUUACGAAAAGCUGCAACACUAAUUAUUCUUGGGAUUUUACACAUUCUAAUUUUGUUACCAAAGGUACUUUGCUCAGGUGUAUUUGAACUACGGCUAUCAUCCUUUACAAAUGUGCGCGGUUUGGAUUAUAAAGGAAAUUGUUGCAAUGGAGUUUAUGAAAACUCGAACAUGGGUCACUCAGGAGCAAUGUGCACGGAACCUUGUCAUACGUUUUUUACAAUCUGCAUAACUAAUUAUAUGGUCGACAUUCCACCGGAUUUAAGUAAAGAAAAGUGUCUUCUUGGAUAUGUAAUGACUAAUGUAUUAGGAGGAAAUAAUGUGAAUUUUGAAACUCUUGAAGGCUUCAACAAUGUGUUUCUGUUCCAUUUUAAUAUCUCUUGGCCGGGAACAUUUUCAAUCAUAAUUCAAGCCUGGCACGAUGUUACUUUAAGAUCACCUGAAACUGGAAGUCCAAGAGAACGUAUUUCUCGUCUAGCCGUGCAGCGUGAACUGAGAGUGGGACCAGAAUGGAGCAACUUUAUUCAUAAAACCAACCAAACAGAGCUCGAGUAUAAAUACCGGGUUCAAUGCAGUAGCGACUACUAUGACGCCGGUUGCUCGACCUUGUGCAGACCACGUGAUGACCAUUUUGGCCAUUACACGUGCGCUGACGAUGGCUCGAAAGUUUGCAUGGCUGGUUGGAAAGGAGCAUACUGUGACCAAGCAAUCUGCCUGGAAGGUUGCGAGGAUCAGCAUGGGUACUGUGACCGGCCCUACGAAUGCAAAUGUCGAAGCGGCUGGGAGGGACCACUGUGCUCAAAGUGUAUUAAGUACCCCGGAUGCAGUAACGGAAAUUGUUCGAAACCCUGGGAAUGCAAAUGUUUUGAAGGCUGGGGCGGACUCUUUUGUACACUAGAUUUGAAUUACUGUACACAUCAUACCCCAUGUCAAAAUGGCGGCGUGUGUCAGAAUUCCGGAAGUGGUGGUUACGACUGCACGUGCCCGAAAGGAUAUUCGGGAACGAAUUGUGAGCGGGAAAUCGAUGACUGCCUCAACCAGCCAUGUCUAAAUGGAGGUUCGUGUGAAGAUAUCGGUUCAGGGUACUCUUGCACGUGUAAAAUUGGCUUCACUGGCUCACGUUGCGACGUUGCCGCAGAAAGUUGCGAGAAAAACCCAUGUAAAAAUGGCGCCACUUGUAUCGAAGGUCAAGGAUCCUACGUAUGUCAGUGUAAAACUGGGUUCACAGGCCGGAACUGUGACCAAGAGAUCUACGAGUGCGAGCCUAACCCAUGCCAAAACAAUGGACGGUGUAUCGAUAAAGUCAAUGGCUUUCAAUGUGUAUGUGAAAGCGGCUUCAGUGGCAAAUAUUGCGAAACGAACGUGGAUGACUGCACGCACAAACCGUGCAAAAACAACGGCGUCUGCCUGGACAAAAUCAAUGAUUUUGAAUGUCGCUGCGUUCCUGGAUUUGUAGGUGAUUUCUGCCAAACCAAUGUUGACGAUUGUAAACUGAGACCGUGUGCUAAUGGCGGCUCUUGUAAGGACCUAGUGAAUAAUUUCACGUGCACGUGCCGGCCGGGCUUCUUCGGGAGGUUUUGUGAAGUGGAUAUUGAUGAAUGCGCAAGUAACCCGUGCAGAAACGGCGCAACGUGCAAACAAAGUGUUGAUAACUAUCAUUGUUCGUGUUUGCCUGGUUUCACAGGUAAAAAUUGUCAGUAUUUACCAGGACAAAUUGAAACUACUACGCGCGAAAGCACGGAUGGUAUUGUACUGCAGACGACAACGUUAAAAGAGAAUGGAGCUAGGACUGUGAAAAAUAACGUCACUGUUACUGAACAACAUGGACAAGAACAGGAAUUUACGACGACGCAGUUAUUGUUGAUUGUGUGUUUAGGUGUAGGAAUCCCAUUGCUAUCGAUAAUUAUUGUAGUCACCAUUUUAUUGUGCCGGAAGAGACGGUCACCGCCGCUUAAGAGUCGCGAGGAAGAAGAAAAUGUGCAAAAUUCCAUAAACAAUAAACUGAGGGAGUCGAAAAUAUUCACAACAAUCCCUCAAAGUAGUUCAAACAUUUCCAAUUUAACAAGUAAAAUAUCAAAUGAAGACAUAGACUUUAAUACAUUAAAGUCCUACAGAAGCAGUAGGCCUAAUUCUAUUUAUAUUGGUGAUAAGCCAAUUAAUAAUAAACAAUUAUUUUUUAAUCCGGACCUGAAGGUCCACGCAAAACAUAGAGACUACGAGAAAACUUCAAAGUCACUAGAAAAGGAGAAAGUGUCAAUAGAUCCUUCAAAUUUAGAUGUCAGGGAUUAUCGAGGUUCACAUGACAUCCAUUACAUUGACAAGCAUAUUAACAGAGACACUAUUAAUAGAAACUCAUUAUUAAUUCUUGAGCCACAACUUCACCAAGAACCACAUCGUCACAGUAGUUACUAUGGAGACGACGUCCUCGCAACGGAAGUGUAGUGACGUCAUACUCUUGUUAGACAAUCUUGACUUUGAACUGCAAUAUAUUUAAAUUAUUUAAGAUAAAAAAGAUUUGCAAAACAAGUGUAUUUAAAAAUGUAUUUAUUGCGAAACAGAUCUCGUUUUCGUGGAGCUACAUAUCUACAUGCCGAAGAUGUCGGCUCAUUAUAAAUUAGUCAUUCUGUGAGCCUGCAAGUGCCUUUGUGUGCUCGACUGCAUGUGUAUGUGUGACAUUUUUUCGAAGAGAACAAUUC